AUGGUGAAAAGAAAAAGUUGGGUAUGGGAUUAUGCCAAACGUGAAGGUGAUCGCGCCUUUUGUGAUUUAUGUGACAGUGAAAAUAAUAAUGAAUAUUCAUGUGUAGGUGGCACGACAGGUUCUUUAAUAAGACAUUUACAAAAUUGUCAUGGUAUUAAAGCACCAGAAGAAUCUAUACGAAAGAGGCCUGAUAAAAUCACACCAAAUCGCACUAUUGCCGUAUAA